AUGACUGACUACAGAGUUACGGACCUUGCCUUUGGCCACCCAGGGACUGCUUCUUAUGAUAUAGAGGAGAAGCAGUGGAUAUUUUCUGCGAAUCCCUCAGAGCAACGCAUCCGCCAAAUCUCACAGUUUAAGGAACGUCUUCCUCCUUCCGCCCCAACUCUUCUAGAGGGAGAUGGAAAACAUUCGGACCGUCCCAAACCCCAAUUGAAACGACUUUUGAAAACAUAUCCUGAGGCAGUUCCCGGAAACGAAAUUGCCUCGAGCCUGUCAAAAUUUAGUUCCCUGUCGCAGCCGGAACCUUUAGGCGAUUCUGGAAGUCUGCUAGCAAUAGGAAGAGCAGCCUAUAGCAGGAAUCCGUCCAGAAUCAUUGCGCUGCCCUGUGGAGAAGCAGGACAUGUGCUGCGGUUAAUCAGACUGCGAGCCGAAACUCGCGGAUGGGAAAGUCAAACGAGCCCAAACAUCUCAUUGUUCCACCUGGACUUGUCAGAUCAGGGAUAUUGGAUGAGCACUGGUGGUACUAUUAGACAGAUUGUCUUUUCGGAUGAUGACGAAUCUAGCACUUGGUUGGCGGUGCGGCAAACUACAAUUACCACCAUCUUCCGUCCUGCUUUUGGUCAACUUCAACCAGCUUUUGUACCAAGUAGCUCUGCGAGGAUAUAUCCCUCUUCACGUCUCAGCGCAAAUCCUGUAGCUUUUAUCACUGCCGAGAAGACCCAAUUACAGUGCCAUGCGGAUAUCUCCUUCAAUCCCUGGUAUUGUCGCCAAUUUAUUUUGAUUGAUUCAUCAGGGCAUUGGUGCAUUUGGAAUAUUGAAUAUCAGCAAACUAGGUCGUCACCCCAGGACCUAGUUGCAGGGAAAUCAGGUAGCAUCGAUGACGACUGCUCCGUUGAUUCUAUCUUGGAACCAUCCUCUGCUAAUAAUCUGGACGGUUGGUAUCGAGCAUUAUGGGUCGGCGAUAUCAAUACCAUUGCCAUCUGCAGUAGGCGAAGUAUUGUUAUAUUUGAUCUUAAAGCAAGACCUACGCGGCUGCGUAGCAUUGAGCUCCCUCCAAUCAGCUCCAAUCGCAUAAUUGAUAUCAAGCGGAGUCUGGAAAACCAAGCCUAUUUGUUCGUGCUGACUACUUCCCAAAUCAUCUGGAUCGAGGUUACCCCCGCCGGAGAAGAGGGUUCAUCUGGGGCCAAGAUACUCCUCUCCUAUCGCCACUUCCGAGAUGUAUCUGAUGAGACCUUGAGACUCGUGGCCGUGAAACAUGAUAAUGUCUCUAUUAUGAUCACAUCUAGGAAGAGUCCUCUGAUAAAUGUCUACGGCUUCUCCACGUUUCCAGAACGCCCAGGGGUCCCAACUUCCUGGAAAGGAUCUUUCAUGCUGGCACCGGAACUAGACAAUCGCCAAGUCAGGCCAUUCCUUUCACUAUACCUCUGUCCAGCCCCUUUAAUAUCCGAUCCUGGGCCACAGCUAGAGCAGAGUGAUAUAGGUCUCGGGUUUCUGCAAGUGUGGGCUCUCUCUCCCGAUCUCACUCUUAGCUCAGCCAUUUGCAUCGCCCAUAAUGCCAUCCCUGAAAAAUUAAGGUUGCCUAGGUUCUUGGUCACCGCACCUGAGGUACCGCUGAGCUUGUUUCGCGCUCGUCCGGGCCCAGUACAACGGCAAGAUUUCGUGGUCCCCAACGGCCUAGACGAUAUAGCAUUUGUUGCCACGACGCCUGGAUGCAUCCGGCGCGAUCACCAAUCCAAAGUUGCAAAGAUGAAGCAAACGGAUUUGCGCUUAAGAAUUGAUUGGAAGCGUAUUUUCAAGGCUGUGUUCCCGCAGGCUGGCUCGAAGUAUCCACAUAACGAAUCUCAGCUCGGAACACCAGGGGAAUCGUCCAUGAUAGCAGAACUCCUCACAACUAUAUAUGACAGUCUACAACAAUCUAGACACGAGAAUAGCCUCCCAAACACUACUUUUCUUGAACUGUCGAAUUGUUCGGGGUUCUCCGAAGAGCUUGAGAGAGCCACGACUAUUGUACAAGAGUUUCUCCAGUCGCUAGAACAAGAUGAAGGUAUUCUAGGUCAGCCCAGGCUCAGAGUAUCGGACAUCAUGUCAGCCCCCUCAAUACAGUUUCCAACCAGCGAGGGGAAUACAUUUUCUGGCUUCUUAAAGAUAUACGAUCAUAUGGUGGAGAUAUGGAUGGCUAGUCUACCCGCGGAGGUCUCCGUGACAACUCGGUUGUCUAAAUACAAAAUUAUACGACAAGUCGCUAUUGAGCUUUGUCUGAGCUCUGUUGUCUGUUCUUUGCGAAGAUCUGAGCCGUCUGCGCCUGGAGGAGACGAGGAUGAAGAUGUCAGGUUACCUUCCAGCGGGGCGGAGAGACCAGCCGGGGGUACCUCGCCAGCACUGUACUCCCCUGACAUGACGCCAGAGCCAUCUCAAAAGCAGCGUUCGGGAGGUGUACCUACUUUGAGCCGCACGCCGUCCUUGUAUUCUCAUGCAACAAGUGUCUCGAGGUCUGGAUCAAUUGAAGAUCCUGCAGUCUCUCGACUACGUCAGUAUGCAGUUUCGAUAAAGUCCCAACCAGACUCUGGGAAAUUAAAACUGCCCUCGCAGUGGGUAGUUGGAGAUAAUCCUGACGAAUAUUCUUGGGAAAGUGCGAAAGACACUUCUAUGGCAGAGAACGGGGAAAGGGGCGCCAGUAGGAGAAACCGUGAAGAGUCUCAACGUCGCCAGCUGAAAGAAAAGUUUCUAAGUCGAGAGAGAUUAAAGGCGGCUGUAUCUCAGCCAGCAUUCACGCCAUUUGGCAGCCAGCCAGAUCCUGGAAAACAUGCCUUCAGUUCACAGAGCAGGGGUGAUAUACCGAUGACCCAGCCUGAUAGGGGUACUUUUGGAAGUAGGUCUCUUCAGAAACCGAACAAAAAGGUAAGGCGUAGAAACGCUGGUUUCUAG